AUGACUCGUGUAACUGCUAAAUUGAUACGACAGGCUAGAAGCAUAUCUCCAUAUUUACCACCGUUGCUACCUGCUAAUAGAUCUAUCAAUCAAGCAUUGUUGGAGCUAAAAUGGAUUAAAUGUGAAUUGCCCAAAAAUGAAUGGAGAAAAGCCGUAAAUAAACGAUUAAAAUGGGUUCCGUUACAAUAUAUUUUGAAGACUCAACCAUUUGGUAAUUUAAAUAUAUUAUGUAAAGAUGGAGUAUUGAUACCGAGAUGGGAAACAGAAGAAUGGUGUAUGAAAUUGGCAAAUUUAAUUAAAGGGUUGAAAUUGGAAAAGUUACUGAUGAUUGAUGCUUGUACGGGUACUGGCUGUAUAUCAUUGUUGAUCAAUGAUGAGCUAAAAUCAACAGCUACCAACUUAGAUAUACAUGGAUUUGAUGUUUCUGGUAAAGCGUAUGACUUAGCUAAAGAGAAUAAUGAGUUCCACCAUUUACUGGUCAAUUUUCAUUUAGGUGAUGUAUUUGAUGAGGAGAUUUUAGAUAAACUUCAGUUGACUGAUGUUAAUUUAAUAACUUCAAAUCCUCCUUAUAUACCAGAGGAAGAUUAUAAUAAACUGGUUUUGUUAAAUGGAGUAUCUAAAUCUGUUAAAUUACAUGAACCAAAAUUAGCUUUAGUUGGAAAUGGUGAAUUUUACUAUAACUUACUAUAUAAUUUAGUCUUUCCUUCAAGUGCUGACGGGUUUGUAUUUGAAUUAGGUUAUAAAGAACAAGCUGAUCUAGUGAAUGAAGUAGCUAAAUUAAAUGGUUGGAGAGUUGGUUAUAUGAAAGAUUCAGCAGAGAAGAUUAGAUGUGUUUUAGGAUGGAAAGCUGAUGGUAAAUUUAAGUCCUUAAAAGAUUUGUGUAGUUAUGUAUAUUAA